CCGACAUUUUCCUUCACGCAGGGUUUUUUUUUUAUCAUUUAUGUGUCCCGUCCCAGGAGACCAAAAGUAUGAAUGGCGUGACGUUGAGGAAACGCCUCCCGGAGGUGUAAUUUCGCGUUACAGGAGUGUUGCCGUAUCUGGAUUGCUUGGACCUUACAGCCCCCUGCAAAAAAAAAAAAAAAAAAAAAAGACGCAGCUUUCCAUGCAGAGCUUACUGGCAAAUGUCGCUGUCUAUUAUGGCACUCAUCGUUCAAAUGGAAGCGCUCGUUUCCCAGCACGCGUUUCGAGAACUGGUCCGCACUUUCGUUCUCGCUUUCCAUCUUUCGGAGGCGGUGCAGAUGUCAGCGGAAUAGGCGAAAAGGCGGCGGAAAAAAGCGUGCAAAGCUCUCUUAUUUUUCUGGCACGAUCGCCUUUGGGGAUCAGCGACACGUGUGCAGCUGUGAUGCGCGAUUUCUGGAGCGCACGCCUCUCAAGGGGAGUCUUAAAUGUCCUCCGCACCAUCAUGUAAGUGAAGGUGUAUAUAAAGCGCUUUUGCGGGAACUCGGCGGAACACCAUUUAUUAUCCAAUCCGGGAUAUUGGCGAAAUUUAAAGUUUACUUGUUGCGGAAAUAACACCGUUCGGUGCAAUAUAAACAUUUUAGCGGAGUGGGAGGGGAGAUGAAGCCUGCAUGUGAAGAUCUGGACUGCAGGACAUCUUUGCGCUAAUUGAACUGGUCGACGGUGGAAAACGCGUGGAAAAAAAUAUCCGAGUGGCCGGUUUUCUGACAAUCUUCAAUCGGUAGGCUAUGGCAAAUCAAAGUACUUUUGAUAGUAGGAUUAUAGUGGAGAAUUACAUCCACCAAAAACUUUCGAAUAGGGGAAUCGACUGGGGAAUGGACUUUGGCGAGGAGACGGAGCCGCCAGCGAACGGCUCCACGGACACGGCGCUCUCACGGCGACUCCAGACAGGUGCCGCCGCCGCCCCUAUUCGCAGUCAGACGACGCAGUCGGACCCGCACGCCGCUCUUCACGCAGUCCUGCGGGAAGCUGGGGAUCAGGUGGAAAGGCGCUACCGCCGGGACCUGGUGGAGAUGUCGGCGCGGCUGCACUUGACACCCGACACGACGGAGAGCAAGUUCGCCGCGGUGAUAGAGGAGCUGUUCAGGGACGGCACCAACUGGGGCCGGAUAGUAGCCUUCUUCGAGUUCGGGGUAGCGGUGUGUGUCGAGAGCGUGAACCGGGAAAUGACGUCCCAGGUGGACCACAUUGCCAACUGGAUGACGGAGUACCUGAACGGACCUCUGCACACCUGGAUCCAGGAGAAUGGGGGAUGGGAAGCCUUCAUGGAGCUGUACGGCCGCAGGCGGGGGUCCAGCGAAGUGUGGCCGCACCUCAAGGCCGUCGUCGGACUGGUCGCCCUGGGAGUUGUCGGCGUCCCCAUCGCAGCGUAUAUGAUGCUGAAGUAGCAGAGCCUCCCUUCCUCGUAUGCCGGGCUCUACCCACUCGCCCUGGCCCCCCCGGCACCCCUUGGCUUUGUAGCUUCAUCCUACCCCCACCCCCCCAAAGGGCCUGAACCCACAACCUGCUGCGCUCAAACAGAGACACUCAGCACUGGGUUCUUCUCACAGUCACGCUGCAGGAGGUGAGAUCUGUGGUGACUAAUGAAGCCCGGAUCCUGUAGGUGGUGACAGAAUGAGGAACGGUGCGUGUGACACACUCUGUCAUCUGUUUUCCUCUGGCUUUGGCCUGAAUCUGCGACACGCUGUCAGUCCACCCGCUGCCGGUAUGUCCCGGAAUGGGACUGCGGGACGUCUUGUCCAAACCACACUGCCGUCACCCCGUCGAACCCCCAACACGCUUGCAUGCUGUUCGGGACUCCCCGCUGAAGACCUCUCCUCCGAUUGGCUGAACGACAGCGGUCCUUCACAUUGCAGUGCAAAGGCCAAUCGCUCCACAUUUUUAAAAAAAGUUUUGUCUGUUUCCAUGCCGAUACUCCCUACCCCACCCCCACCCCCACCGGAGGGCCGUUGGACACGCCGGGGUCGCGUCAGAGUUCGUGGAAUGCGGGGUGGGGAAGACGCAGUGUUUCCCGGGCAACAGUACAGAGCCACUGCGAGACUUCUGAUGUUGGCGUGACAGACGGGAGCCUUGUGAUUGGUCUUUUUACAUUCCCUGUAAAUCCUCUGACUUUUCUCUGUUUGAGAGGUUACUACUUGAUCCCCAUUCUGUAGGUUAACUACUUGGGUGCAUGCUUCAUGUGUGACCUGCAUGGGGACAGGGCCACAGGCCAGAACCAAUGGCAUUGAGCCCUGGAUCCUGCUAGGUGUUAACAAAGGGCCUUUCAGCUCUCUCCUGUGCUCCAUGGAGGGGGGGGGGGGGUUAGGGACAGGUGAACAGGUGUGUCUCUGACCCGUACACUGCCCCCCCCACCACUGGGUUCCCAGAAGGGAAAAUCAGUGCAGAUGUCUGUGGAACAUCAGGUCAGAAGGUUCUCAUUAGAGCUAAAGGAAGGCCUUUGUUGGGGCACUGGAGAUUAGCUGGGAUGGGAGGGUUCUUGGAACGGUCCGGAGCGAGCGGGAGCAUUCCAAGGCCGUCUGUGGGGGGGCCUGCAGGUGCCCCCCAUCAUCUGUUCCAGUGAUUGUGUUCCUCUUUGUUUAAUGAUGCUCGAUAUGAGCUGCCAUGGCAUUUGAGGGACAGCAGGAGGAUGGGGGGGGGGAGAUCUCCAGCUGUCCAUCCUGGGUAUUCUCCAGUCAUGCCCCCCCCCCCUCCCGGCUGGACAUUUGGGGUCCUUGAAGCCUUUAGGGGACUCUCCCAAUUCUCCCAACUCGCCUGUAUUGUGCUGCAGCAAGGGGACCGUCGGCAAGGUGAUGCUGUGGCUCCCAGCGGCUCCUGUCCUCCUCGCCUGUCGUCCUCGCCUGUCCCAGCAUGAUCACACCGGUGUUACGCCAUGCAGGUCCUGCCGUUCGGGGGCCGGUAGCUAUGCCAACGAUCUUUAAUGUAACCUUCAGCUACGACCAUAUAUGCGAAGAAGCCUGCUUUGUUAUGAUGUUAACGACCCAUAAUGUGUGUCUGAGAUGUAGAUACUGAGUUUGUAUUUAUGUGUUUGUUUUAAUUUGCCGCUGAGAAUGUAGGGUCCUUCAUUUCCAGGCACCAGCCCACAUAGUAUUAGCAGGAAGUUCAUAAAACAGCAAUGGGCAGAAAUACCAGCACCCACACACGUAUGCAAACACACGCACAUAUAUAUAUAUAUAUAUACUGCAUAUAAUGUGUGGCUGUGUACGUGUGCUUAUACAUGCAGUGUGUGUGCAUGCACGUGUGUUUGUCCACGUGAUUCUGUCUUCAUGUGUUUGUGCAUGAGUUGUGUGUGUACCGGUAUUUCUGCUUGGGGGUGCGCAUGCAUGUGUACAUGCUUGUCUGUGUAACACAUGUGUGCGCAUGUGUCCCCACUUGUGCUUGUGUGUUUGUGUACUUUUGUUUGUUUUUGCAUGUGCACGUGUGAAUGCGCAUUUCUUUGUUCGGAUGUACGUGUGCGUGUGUAUGUAGUGAUUGUAAUUUGCAUUCCCGCCUGUGGGUGGCGCUCAACCUUUAUUACGAGAAAAGUGUAGGUGAACUCCUAUGUCUUACCAUGGGGUUGAUGUUGUCCAAUAGCACUUAGAGACCGGAGUGCUAGUUCCUGUACAGGACCCGUUUUGCACUGGGACCCAAGUGCCACUGUUCUACUGGUUUAUAAAAAUGUGUUCAAAUAAGCUUUUAGUUAACACCAGAGACUAAGUGAAAUAAAUUGCUGCUGCAGAAACCAAGAAUGGAGGUUGGAUCAAAACCAAUGGGACAUUGGCUCUAGAGGACCAAGGUAAGGCGCGUCAGAACACAAGACCACCAACAACUGCAGAUUGUUCUGUAUCUGUAAUCAUUCCUGUCUGUAUUUCAUUAUUAAUUCUGUAUUUAAUGCCAUUCAGCGUGAUACUAUUGUAAUAUCUUCACAAUAGAGCAUCUAACAUUUAUCCAUGUCAUAAGCUACAAUGUUCUGAUUAAACAAGAUCCUGACAAAUGGA